AUGUGCCCUUUAUUUGGCCGUCUAGCACGCGCUCUGAAUAUAACGCGCAACCCCUACUGCAGAUGGUGCCAUCCUCUACAGGAAGAAGGACAUGCACCUACCCCGCCUCCAGAACCUCCCCCAGCGACGCCUCCUCGUCGUACCAGAUUGAGACCUAAUCGUUCUACAUCCACCUGCCCAAUCUGUAAAUUAGUUUACACGUCUGUUACAACCAUGAAACGUCAUGCCAAACGUGUACACCCAGGGGAAAUGAUCAUAGAGGAGGGGUUAGUAUGUGGAUAUUGUUCCAGUACUAAAGUCUUUAAGACAUCUGCAUCGCGUGCGGGUCAUUAUCGUAAAUGCGCUGAUUACCAACGCAUAACACACUCGCACCCCACUACCCCGGUCGAAACACAACUACAGAAUCAGCAACACGUACACGAAGACAUCUGUCCUGGACCUAAGGAGACACUCUCACACAUGUUAUGGGAAUGUCCUCGACUUCGCGACUUAAGUAUUGCUACUUUUGGAACUGAUCCAGUCAAACUGAAAGUUCCAUUUAACACUAAAUUACUCUAUGGGUUCUUAACUAAUGCCAUAACUUUAUUUUCUACAGAUUGCUAUCGUGACUAA